UCACUCUCUGACACAUACAGGAUACAACUUUUGUUGCUGAGGUGCAGAUCAACAACACCAAGCUCUUCCUCAAAUAUCGCUUUCACAACCCCUGGAACAAAGGUGGGAACCGUGAGCAAGUCUUUAGUUUCUUACAACAUCUUAAGACAACGCAAGGACAACUAAUGAGAUGGCGUGAAAGCUUUGUAUCAUUGUUGCUCCUCCGCUAUGGUAACCAUGCCACCUUUAAAAUGGUGCGCUAACGUAGAGCCUCUCCACUUGGCGCUGAGGAUGACAUGCCCAUAUGGCGGGACGGCACUAACGACGACUGCAGGUGAAGGCUUUGAAUCCAUCGCAAUUGAACAGUAGCGGGGCAGUCUUGUUCAGACAGAAUCAUGCCCAGCGUGGAAUUAACUAACUACUGUUGAUGAUCCAAUCACAGUGUUUUAGGAUUAGGAUUAUACGGCAAAGGAGGGUUUCCUGAAGAGCUUUUGAAAAGUCACUGCUCUUUUAGGGUGAAAUGUUUCAGAGGGGUGAGGUGCCCUGGAUGCUGCUGCUGAUGUGCCUGCUGGGUAAUCAGCGGAGUAUAGCUGAGGCUUUCUUUGAAUGGCUGAAGAAGGCUGCACCUACACCAGCCUCUAUGCCCCCAGCUUCUGCCACUGCCUCAUCUGUUCUGCACGGCGAGGUCCCAUCUUUUGAAAUGAGUGUUGCGGAUGAGAAGUUUUUAUCUGUGGCUAAACAGAUGGAUCUCAGCCCUCUUGACAGCUGCCACCUUAAGGUUAUUACUCAGCUCAAGGCUACCUGCAAUGGCCUAACGGAAGAACAGCUGGCCAAACUGGGUGUGGCUCUGUUUAACUGCCAGUCAGAAGUGGAGGGUCGCGGGACUUACCUUUGCACUGAGGAAAUGUCCAUUAAAGAGUGUACAGCGGAUAUGGAUUCAGACACAUGGAAUGCGUAUCACAUUGUCAGCAACCGAGCACGCGCCGUGUGUUAUGCCACACGCCAGCAGCACUUCCGCCGACAGGCAGAGCUUACCGUCAAUGCUCUUAUCUCCACGGCAACAAGCCAGCUUGAUGCUAUGAAAGAUUUGAAGGAGGGGCAGCGUGAGCUGCGGGACCUGACUGCGUCAUCACUGGACAGGCUGUUGGAUGGUCACAGUACCCUGCAGCUCCAGCAGGGGGCACUAAAGGAGGGCCAGGAGCAGCUGGAUGCUUCGAUCACCACCAAUCUGCAGAGGCUGGCACAGGAGAGAGCCCUCAUCAGCACCGGGCAGCAGCUGGUGGCACAGCUGAUACAGGGCAUUACCCAGAGAAUGGAGAAUGUUAGUGAGCAGUUAAAGGGUCAAGGUACAGAUGUGCAAGAAGGACAUCGGGCCAUUCUGGAUGACCUUGCUGAAGUCCGAGGGCGUGCCCAGGAGAUCUACAGUAAAAUGGAGCUCAGUUUGAAUGGUGUUCUGCAGCAGCAAAACACAACAGUGCAGUUCUACGGUGAGUUGAUUGGGAAGCUGGAGCGCAUGAAUACCACUCUGGGAUAUCUGCUGACACACUUGGACAGCAUGCAGAACCGAAUAGAGGAUCGACUGAGUAUGAUCCAGGGAUACCUGGGGUGGGCAGGUCUGAGCCUGCAUGCCGUGUGGACGUGUGUGAUGCAUGCUGGGUAUUUCCUGUUCGCCGCAGUGUUGCUGUCCUUCCUGCAGUGUCCCACUUUCUCCCGCAUGUCUCUGCUCAUCACCGUACCCGUCAACGCCAUCGCCGAAGUCAACCAGCAGUCGGCCUUGGACCUGGUCACACUUUCGCUGCUCCUCGUCACGCUCUCCCUGGGUCACUGGUUCGUGCUGCGGUUGUUGUGGAUGCUGUCCAAGCUGAAGAGCCAGAAGUGUUGUCCUGCUCCUCUUCCUCUGGCUCCUGCCAUGGAGACCCAUGAACAGCCCCCCGACACUGCCUGUGGCCCGGUGAUGUCCUCCACCCCUCGAGAAGCUGACCUGGAAUGUGAUUUGGAAUCUGAGGUGCCAUAUCUUGGUCAGGACAGCUUUAUGACGGGUGACCCCUGCAUGGUGGCUUUGUCUCCAUCUGGCGCUGUUCCACCCAGACAUGGACGUAUCUCUCUAGGCACCCCCAGCCAUUCUACACCCAGACUCAAGACUCGACAUGGCCAUGGUGGAAUGCUGGUUGUUCUGGAGCGUGUUCCCCAGAGGCACCUGGGAGGUGUCUUGGAUGCAGUGAGCCAAUCACUUGGUGCCAGUCCCAGUCAAUCAGUCAUAAGCAACAGGUAUGACUUCAGUGUCGUGCUAAUUUGUGUGCAGUCGUGUUUAAAGGUCUUGCUUACUGCAGCACACUACUUCUUGUGUAUGUUGGACUGUGCUGAUUCUCCUUCCAACAGUUCACUCUCAGGUCGUCCUCUGUGUAGUGGCACUACAAGGCUUGGGCAGCCGUGUAAGAAGAGGGCGUUGGCAGGUCAGGACUUCUGCAGGGUCCAUGAGGGAGGGCAUAACUCUUACAGUCGCAUCACAAACUGAUCAGCUCCGUACUGCUACUUGUAUCACCACUGAGCACAUUAACUUGGUGUUUUUAUCUAGCGUUACCACUUGUAAUCUUUUGGUUUUGUUUUACUAUUUUGUAAUGGCUGUUUUUAUUCAUUCUUACUGUCAAUCUAAAGAUUAAAAUAAAAUGUAUUUAUAAUAAAUUAUUAUAAAAUAACGAUUGAAGAUUGGUAUGUGUUGGGUAUUUCCAUUCAUAAAUUAAGAUGGGCAU